UUCACGGAGUCAGCCGAUUUCCGACCUUGACCGAAAGCACGUGUUUGGUUGUUUAUUUUUAUGCGAUUGAGUUUGUCAAUCAAUAGUCUCGACGAACAUUGGUUGAUAUGUCGUCGUCUUGUUCUAUCAAAAAAAGCGACACACACGGGAUACUCGUAGCAAGUUUUACAAAUGGUCAAAUUAAACCUGAAAAAUCAAAUGCAUUAAAGUUCAGAUAUUUUACUGAGAAGGAGAAAGGUGGACAAAAUGAUGAGAAGAAAACAAGGAAAGUCUUGGUGGCUGAAAGAGAUACAUCAACAUGCAAGACGUAUGUUGGUGAUAGUACAGAUAUAACAGCUCCAUCACAACUAUACAAAUAUUAUGUAGGGGUAAGAAAUAAAAGAACUGGAAAAAUGAAAGUUUAUGAUGCAGACCUUUUCAACAUGAUACCACAAUUAAAUGUUACGGAAAAACAAGAAGUAAAGCCACAGAUUACAUCACUGUCCUACACAGAUAAGAUGAAAGAAUUAACAAAGGCUUUUGGUAGUACUAAAAGACAGCGUGCUGUUGAAUUAUCACAGAGAAAUGCUAUACAGACUGAUGUUUUAGAUUCAGCUAUUGGCAGUGCAGUAGAUCACGCUAUUUCACAAGAUAAUUUUAAAGAAAUAACUGCUAAACCAUCAACAGAUGAUUCCAAUGAUUGCCUUCCACCACAUCAUGCUGAGGUCACAUCACCAGAAGAUAUUUAUAAAGUUGAAGAUAUUAUUGGUGUUCGAGAAAUGGAAGCAUUAACAGAAAUUUGUCGAAAGUUUUUUGAUUAUAAAACAGAUGAAUUUAAAAAUUCUGAAGGGUAUAGUACAUUUAUAAUGAAUAGGUUACCUAUUUUACCUCUAGAUGAAGAUCGACGUUGGUUGAAAUGUAAAUGUUUAAUGUAUAUACACAUGCUAACAACACUAUAUAGAAAAAGAGCAAAUGAAUUAAGAGAAAAAGAUAUUUUACCUAAGGAAUGGCCAGAUAAAGUAAAAUACUCCAUUUUACAACAAUUUACAUUAAAAAUAGAAGGAGAUGGUACCAGAAAACCAGUCAGAUGUUUAUCAAUCCGAAUGAAAGAUAAAAUUAUUCUUCACAUCUUAGUUUUAUGUCUAAUAGUAGAUAAUUUUACAUUAGAAUAUUCAGACAUCGCGAAAGAUUUAAAGAUAGGUGCUACAAGAAUGCCAUUAUUGUUAAGAAGUGUUGGUUGUCAGAUUAAAGUUCGGGUAAUAAACAAGACAUCAGUUAAAACAGCACACUUAAUAGCACCUUUACAAUUACCUGAGAAAAAUCUUAUAAUGGGUAAACGAAGAAAAUAAAAUAUAUCAGAUAGGG